UUAAAAGAUAUUCGAUUGAGUACAUACAUUUUUUUAAAUUCUUUUAAGUUCUCUGGAGUAACAACUGGUAUACCCCAAGGGACUUCAGAGUGCCGGCCUGAAUGUUCCGCGAGUUCUCCCCGUUGCGCGAAGCCGAUUUUUUUGGAAUAGGUAGUACUGGUCUAUAUAAGCACAGGCAGGCUGCUUCGAGCUUGUAUUUACAGCCCCGCGUUAAGUGUGCACGUGUGCCAAGGGAGAGUGACAGCGGAUUGUUCAAGUUUUCGUUUUUUUUUAUUUUAUUUUUUUAUUAAAUAAUUAUUACACGCCCGUCAACAAUGACCAAACUAAUCUACUCAUGCGUAGGGACCGAAGAGGAGAGGAGACUGGUCCCAGGGAGGUACACGCCGAGUCCUAUUCACUCAGCGACGUCGUCUUCCGUAUCGGUUUCAAGCACGAGCGCUCUCAUCCCCGACACGACUUCCAGGCCCGACUCGGACAAGAAUUACUAUCAACCCGAGAAAGAAAAAAUGACGCAGAAAGAGAAGAAUAUAAUUCUUCACCCGCUGGAGGGUUUGAACGAUGAGAAGAAAUUGGAAGAAGUGCAAAACAGAAAGCCAAGCUGCGCCGCACUCGGGCGACAAGGCUUGGCUGCUGUUACCGUGUCAAUUUGUUCCGCUGUUGUGGGAUUUUCAUCGGCUUACUCAUCACCUGCACUGGCAUCUAUGAAUCAACCUGAAAGCAGACUUCACAUCACGCUUCAAGAAGCUUCUUGGAUCGGAAGCCUGAUGCCUCUUUGCGCUCUUCUCGGCGGAGUACUAGGUGGGCCUUUGAUCGAAUCUUUUGGCCGGAAAAUGACAAUUUUUGCGACAACUCUUCCUUUUACUCUAUCAUUUCUGUUGAUCUCAUACGCUGUGAACAUUCCAAUGAUUAUGGUCGGACGUGCCAUCACUGGUUUCUGCGUGGGUGUAUCCUCUUUGGCGCUGCCGGUUUAUUUGGGUGAAACCUUGCAACCUGAAGUGAGGGGCAUGUUCGGACUUUUUCCCACGACGAUAGGAAACUUCGGAAUAUUGCUCGCGUUCUUCUUGGGAAAAUACCUCGACUGGUCGGAACUGGCACUAUUCGGAGCUCUACUCCCGGUGCCCUACUUCAUUAUGCUAUUUUUCAUACCGGAAACUCCAAGCUGGUACAUCAGCAAAGAAAAAGAAACUCGAGCCAAGAUGGCUUUACAAUGGUUUCGAGGAAGUGCAACCGAUAUAACAAAAGAAUACGCCGAAUUAAUAAAAAUCCGCAAAAUGGACAACGAAACUGUUUCCUUCAAAGAGCUCUUCAGUAGAAAAUAUAUCUGGCCUUUAUGUAUCUCCAUCGGGCUUAUGUUUUUCCAGCAGCUUAGCGGAAUAAACGCAGUCAUCUUCUACACCGUCAAUAUCUUCAGGGAUGCUGGAAGCACGAUAGACUCGAACAUUUGUGCGAUUAUAGUUGGAUGUGUUAAUCUGGGCUCGACUUUGGUCGCAACAGCCCUGAUCGACCGAGUCGGAAGAAAAGUGCUUAUGUACAUUUCCAAUACUGUCAUGGCUUUAACGCUUUUCACCCUGGGAACUUUCUUUUAUUUGAAAGAUCGUGGUACGGAUUUGACCGAAUUCGGUUGGAUACCUUUGGUCAGUUUCGUCCUGUUUGUCAUCGGCUUUUCCAUCGGCGCCGGCCCGAUCCCUUGGUUGAUGAUGGGAGAAAUCCUACCUUCGAGAGUAAGAGGCAUUGCUGCUUCUUUAGUGACAGGAUUCAACUGGAGCUGUACCUUCAUCGUCACGAAGACUUUUAUCGAUUUGACCGAAGCGAUCGGUUCUGACAGCGCUUUCUGGCUCUUCGGCAUCAUCUGCGUCGUUGGCUUAUUCUUCGUGAUUUUCUUCGUACCCGAAACAAGAGGAAAAACUCUAGAAGAUAUUGAAAAAGAAUUCAGACCUAAAGAUUUAAGGAGUGAAGAUUCCCAAGAGCAGACAAUUUCCGUCUAGAAAUUCAGUAAAACACAUAUGGAUUAAGAAAAGAAAUCGAUACAUUCCUAACGUUAGUACCACCAAACAAGAAAAAACACGUUUACGUGUAAUAAAAUGUGAUAUGAUUAAUAGUCUGAAGAAUUACAAAUAUUAGAUGUGCCUUUCCGGACAAAAUUUGUUUAAUUUUAACUAAAUUUGAUGUAACCUUAGAGAAAGAAAAUUUGUCAGAAAUCCAACGUAAAUUUAUCCAUUAAACCUAAUCAGAAAGAAAUCACUGACGUCAAAUAUCUCAGUUGUUUUACGAUUCCGCACAAUUUAAAUGCCAAAGAUGAAAAUUAACAAUUUUAAUAUUUAAUUAAUUAUAAUUUAUUAAGUCAUUCCUUUUAGAAAAUAAUAUUUAUUUGGAUACAAGUUCAAAUACUUGCAUUUACAUUAGAUUUAAUAAGAUAUGAUAAAUAGUAUCAUUAAAAAAAUAACCAAUGUUUUUAUAUUUCUAAAAUAAAAUACCAUUAGAUCUAGCAUAAUUUGUAUUUUAAGCAAAAAGUGAUACUAGAUGAGAAAAGCAAUGAUGCUAAGGCUUUUCCUUUUGAUAUUUUAGAAAAGAGCAAAAAAAAUUGUACAAAGUCAUUCCUUAGAAAUAAUAAAGGUGGGCUGAGUAAUUCAAUUCACCUUUUGUUUUUCAACUUUAUAUACUUUACAAAAAGUGAAUCAUUCCUUUGGAUUUAUACUAUUUAUUUAUAAAAAG